AUGGCUGCAGCGACCACACGCUGGGCAGGCCACCACAUUCUGCCUGUCCGAGAGCCAGGAGGAGGCAGGGACGCGAGCGAGGCGGGGCGCGUGCUGGCUCCGGCGCGCCUAGCGGACCGAGCCGCCGAGCCCUCCGCGGCUGCCCCUCUCCAUCCCCGCGCGGGCUCCCCGCCCUUACCUCUGAGCGCGGGGCCGCCGGCUGGAGAAGGACGAGGGGAAAAAAAAUCCUCCCGGCGCUUCGCGACCGGGCCACUCCCGCCCCCGGGACGCCCACCGGGCAGUCUGUGUCCCGGGAGUCGGCUGCGUCUACUACGACCUCCACCCCCCCUCAUCCCUAACAAGGAGCGGAAAACUCGAAGCUUCUGUGCGUGCAGCGUCGACUUCGCUCCCGCAGUUCCUCCCCCGGGGGUAUCAACCAUGAUCUUUAUGAUGGUGAGGAAAGAGAUCACCCUCUCUCUGCCCCUCCAAGAUACAGCAGAGUCUACGCCUAGGCCUGGAGCAGUCCAGGGCUGGGCAUGGAGCACAGAGGAGGUGCACAGCACACAGCUCCAGAUGGCCCCUGCAUAUCAGGUGAGCCUGAUGGGUUCACAGUCUGUCCGUGGAGCUGGCAACUGGGUGGGGCUGCCCCCUUGGUCCAGGCAGAAGCCGACACCUCUCAGCACAUCCAAGCCUAGAAGUAUGUCUCUCCAACCGGAGCCUGUUAGUUGA